GGGUGCGGUUUGUGAACCUCUAGACACUAUCGGCGAUUCAAGGCACUGGUUUGUGGCUUAUCGGCAGUCGAAACAUACGAUCUUCAUCACGCGCUCCCCACGCUCGCCGUCUAUCUCGCGUGCGUGUAACUCAGCCCUCAGCAUUCCUACGCCCACUAGGUCUCGGACUUCUCCCGCGCUAAUGUCGUCCGUCCCGCCUAAGCCUACACGGCUUAGGCCUUCGCCCGCGUACGUCCACGCAUCUCCGCCCGCUGAUACGGACACGGCGAGAAGGCUCAAGAACGCAACGAGUCGCGCGUGGCAUGCGCGAAGGAGGCUAAGUCGUCGUGCCGGAGAGGCGCGAUACGCGGAUGGGCAAGCGCGCGCGGAAGAUGACGCGCUCGAUAUUAUCGGGGCCGAGCGCGGGAUUGAACGCGCAAGCGACGGGAUGCACGCGCGAACUUGUCUAGGCGUGCGAGGAUUAGGCGAGCUGCUAGACGCACGCUAUACUCAUUCACAUACUGACUUAAGCAUCGGAGGCUCUUCACCGGACCCAACCCCCGGUGUGAGAGUUAUUUGUAGGUUCUCGGCGUUCUACCGGCAAGGACAAGAAUCGAUCUACUCCAAACCGGACCCGGACGCUUACACUUGCAUUAGAGUUAUAGUUAUAUUAGGAUUAGAUCUAGUUGAUGCCUAUAUAAAGGCCCUUCCUCUUGUUAAUUUAAUCAUUCGGGAAUCAAUACAAACAUCCGAACUUUUGUUCAAACUCUCUGCUCUAGUUUUCUUCUUGAAUUCUUUAGCAACUUUAUUCGUUAGAAAGGCAGCGAGU